AUGAUACUGGUGGGAUUAAAGAAAAGGCUUCAAGAGGCGAAAGGAGCCUGGGUAGAAGAGCUACCUCAACUAUUAUGGGCGUAUCGAUCCACACCUCAGUCAGCUACUGGCAAGACACCCUUUCGGCUUGCUUAUGGCAUAGAAGCCAUGAUCCCAGUGGAAGUCAAUGAGCAAAGCCCAAGGGUAAGAUUUUAUGAUGAAGUCGGAAAUAUUCAAGCACACAAAGAAGAACUCGAGCUACUCCUAGAAGUUCGAGAACAUGCUCAAAUAAGGGAAGCAGCACUUAAGCAGAGGAUGACAAAUAGAUACAACAAGAAAGUCAUUCGUAGAAGCUUCGCCUCAAAUGACUUGGUCUUGAUUCGGAAUGACAUCGGCGUAAACAACUCAGGCGAAGGAAAGCUCGUUGCGAACUGA